AUGUAGGCUCGUAUUCAACAGCUAUCUAAACAUAUUCCAGAUAAGCGUAUUCACAACUAUGCUUUUUCUACGCAAGCCAUCAUUGGAAGAGGGUCGUAUGGAGUAGUCUAUAUUGGAAGAAAUAUAGAUUCAGGGUAUUCGAUAUUGUAAUUUCUAUUUUAGAUAAACUGUUGCCAUUAAAGCAAUUGCCUUCUAACAAUAUUCUUCUGACAAUCAAGCCUUAUUACAAAAAGAAAUAGAUAUAAUGAAAGACUUAGACUGCCCCAAUAUAGUUAGACUAAUAGAUGUUAUUACAACGGCUAAUAAUUGUUAUAUAAUUUCGGAACUAUGCACUGGAGGAGACUUAAAAGAAUAUAUGAAAAAAUCAGUAAUAGUUUAAUUUAAUAUUACAGGGACCAAUAGAGGAAUCUGCUGCUGCUAAAAUAUUGAUAUAAAUAUUGCGGGGGAUUCUUUAAUCAUUUAAAAGAGGAAUUAUUCAUAGAGAUCUCAAACCAGCCAAUAUUUUAGUUGCCAAUAAUAACAUAUUCAAGAUUGCAGAUUUUGGAUUUGCCAAACGAUUUGAUAAAUUAGAUGAAGAUUUGAUGACAUCUCUAGUUGGAACUCCACUCUACAUGUCUCCUUAAGUAUUACUUAGAAAGUAAUAUACUUCCAAAUGUGAUGUAUGGUCAAUAGGAUUAAUCUUUUAUGAAAUGUUAGAAGGUAAAACCCCAUGGAAUGUAAGAGAUAUAUUAGAUCUAGUUAAUAAAUAAAGAAAUUAAAAAAUAGCUUUUUGUAAUUUAAUUUUAUUAUAAUUAGCCAAAAAAAUUUCAAAACUAGCUUAAUAAUUCAUUACCGGCUGUUUGGCAUAUGAAGAAAGUAGUAGAUUUGGUUGGGAAUAAGUUUUUACUCAUCCAUUAUUUGAAAAUGCAUUUGAGAGACAACCAAAAAAGGAAACUCAACAAUAGGCUUAACCUUAAAAUCCAUUAACAUAGCCUUAAACUUAAAUAUAACCUCAUUAAUUAUAUCAAUAAACAUAAUAACCUGUACAAAAUCAUUCACAAAAUUAACCUUAAUAAACUUCUUAGAACAAGAAUUGCUCAAAAUAGUAAUAAGCUUCUAUGCAUUAAUAAUAAAUUUAAUAAGUUUUUUCUUAAACUUAACCAUCAUAAUAGUUGUAACAGAUGAUACCAACUUAAUAAUAAAAAACUACAAUUUAACAUAUAAAACCAUAAGCACACCAAUUUUCAAAUACUUAAAAUUUAACUCCAUAGGAAGCUAAAUAAAAUAAAUCUAUGUAAAUAAUACCUAAUGUCAGUCCAUCUGAUGAUAAAAUUAAAAGAAAUACAAUAUCUCCUCUUUAAUUACAUAUCGAUAAUAGAUAAGUUUAAUUAAUUAAAGGGAAGCAUUAUGUUAAAACUCAUGCUUCACCUUUAAAUGAUGAGGAAAAUAAAAACAACGUAUCAAUCUAAAAAAUCACUAAUUGUUAAACUUAACCUAAUACUUAAAAAAAGGAUAGAACUGUAAGUGUUGUUCAUCAUAAAGUUGAAUCAUAAUAAACUACAAGUAGGUAUAGUGACAAUAAGUAAUGUAGAGAGGAUCACUAUAAAUCAGAAAGAAAUUAUUGUCCUCCAAAACAUCUUUAUCAACAUUCUGAGCCAAAAUUUUUAUUUCACAGACAAUCUUCUGAAAACGAUGAAUUUACUAUUAAUAGGAUGUUAAUUUAAAAUUAGAUUGAAUUUUUGUUAUUUCUAAAAAAACUUAGAGAACAACUUUUAGAAUAUUAUGGUAAUAACUAAAGUUAGGUAUCAACUGUUGAAAAAUUGUCCUUUAUUCUACUAAAAAAUGUUAUGAUUAAAACAACAGAUAUAAAAUCAAAUCUUAUUGACAAAUAAAUUAAUAUCUUAGAUUUGAGAGAUUUUGAACAUUUUAGAAUGACAGAAUCAUUUAGAAAUUUAGAAAAAUCCAUUUUAGAAAUUCAUUUUGAAACAUUCAAUCAAUUCUAAGAGACAUUCUUACAUUUAAAUGAAAAUUUAAAUUUAGUUAUGUAGGAUACAGAUUUUUUAGAAAUAUUUAAUAACAAUUUUGAAUAUUCCAUUCAUUUUGUUAAAUUUGCUUAUAAUUUAACUGCCUAAUUUAUUAAAUGUAAAUUUUUAAUAUUAAUUUAAGCAUUUUUAUAUGAUUAAGUUCUUGAAUGCUCUAAUGUUAAGAUUGUAAACUUUACAUUUCUUCUUGGACAAUUAGCUUAGUACUUAUAGUAAAUGUCAUUCUCUCCAAAUGAUGUUAAUAAACUAUUAAGUAAUUGCCGUAGUUUCAAAGAGGAUUUUAGAUUAAAAAGAGUUGAAUGUCUUAGCCUAAUGGAGAAACUUAUAGUUAAAUACAAUUGA